AUUCAAACUUUAAACCUCGAAGCGACACGACUUCGGAGGAGAGGACGAACAGAGAGAGAGAGAGGAAGACAAAAAGAACUUCUGACAAAGUCUUUGGAGUAUGAACAAACUCACAUUUGUGGUUUUCCUCUUGGCACUGGGUUUUCUUGUCUGCGAAGCUGGUAACCCAUGUUGCGCCGGACCAUGCCAGAACAGGGGCGUUUGCACAGCGCUUGGGGCAGAUAAUUAUGAGUGUGAUUGCACACGCACAGGAUAUUCUGGACAAAACUGCACAACACCUGAGUUCCUCACCUGGCUCAAAAUUACCCUGAAGCCGUCCCCCAACACAGUCCACUACCUUCUCACCCACUUCAAGGGCUUCUGGAACAUCGUCAACAACAUCUCAUUUCUUAGGGAUGCUAUCAUGAGAUAUGUGCUGACAUCCCGAUCCCACAUGAUUGAUAGUCCUUCCACUUAUAAUGCGGAUUAUGGUUACUUGAACUGGGAAGCCUAUUCCAACCUUUCCUACUAUACACGCACCCUCCCCCCUGUGCCUGAAGAUUGUCCAACCCCUAUGGGAGUAGUAGGUAAAAAGGAGCUGCCUGAUGCUAAGGUACUGGCUGAGAAACUUCUGGUGAGAAGACAGUUUAUCCCGGACCCACAGGGAACCAGCCUGAUGUUCGCAUUCUUCGCACAACAUUUCACCCACCAGUUCUUCAAAUCUGACAUGAAGAAAGGACCUGCUUUUACCCUAUCUAAAGGUCACGGGGUGGAUCUUAGCCACAUUUAUGGUGACAACCUGGAAAGGCAACACAAGCUUCGACUUUUCAAGGAUGGCAAGCUUAAAUAUCAGAUCGUAGAUGGAGAAGUGUACCCCCCAACAGUACAGGAAGUUGGUGUUGACAUGCACUACCCUCCUCAUGUCCCUGACUCUCACCGCUUCGCUGUGGGUCACGAGGCUUUCGGCCUGGUCCCCGGUCUGAUGAUGUAUGCCACCAUCUGGCUGCGGGAACACAACCGGGUGUGUGAUGUGUUGAAGGAGGUUCACCCUGACUGGGAUGACGAAAGGCUCUUCCAGACCACACGACUCAUUCUGAUUGGAGAGACCAUCAAGAUUGUGAUCGAGGACUACGUGCAGCACCUGAGUGGCUAUAACUUCAAGCUCAAAUUUGACCCAGAACUGCUGUUCAACCAGCGCUUCCAGUACCAGAACCGCAUCUCAUCCGAGUUCAACACCCUUUACCACUGGCACCCACUGAUGCCUGACUCUUUCCACAUUGAGGAGAAAGAUUACAGCUAUAAGCAGUUUGUUUUCAACAACUCUGUAGUGACUGAGCAUGGCAUCAGCAACCUUGUCGAGUCGUUUUCCAAGCAAGUUGCUGGACGGGUUGCUGGUGGUCGAAAUGUCCCAGGACCUAUCUUGUAUGUGGCCAUUAAGUCCAUUGAAAACAGCCGCAAAAUGCGCUACCAGUCCCUGAAUGCCUACAGGAAACGAUUCUCCAUGAAGCCCUACACCUCUUUUGAAGACAUGACAGGAGAGAAAGAGAUGGCCGCAGUGCUCGAGGAGAUGUACGGACACAUUGACGCUGUGGAGCUCUACCCAGGUCUUUUGGUAGAGAAACCCAGAGAAAACGCCAUCUUUGGGGAAACCAUGGUGGAGAUGGGGGCACCUUAUUCCCUCAAAGGCUUAUUGGGAAACCCCAUCUGCUCCCCAGAGUACUGGAAGCCCAGCACAUUCGGAGGCAGCGUCGGCUUCAACAUUGUCAACACCGCCUCCCUGCAGAAACUUGUCUGCAAUAAUGUCCAGGGCCCCUGUCCUGUUGCAUCUUUUCACGUGCCUGAUGCCCCAACGACAGGGUCCAUGAUCAUCAACUCAAGCACAUCUCACUCACGCAGAAGUGACAUCAACCCCACGGUCAUUCUGAAAGAAAGGACUACUGAGCUGUAAUUUGUAUUAAUUUCUCUAACUUUAUUAGGCUAUUUUUAAAUCUAUAUAUUUAUUUAUUUAUUUAUUUUUUAUUUAUGAUCUUAUAUUUAUAACAUUUAUUUUAUUACUUUUUUACUUUUCUUAUUUGAUUUUUUUUGUGUGUAUUGUUGUGCAAGACUAUGUGGUUGUGUUUAUUUAUUGAAACAUUGGAGUUUUUGUUACAGUAAUGACCUCAUUCACUGCAAGUUGAUACUUGAAAGUUAGUUUAAAGUUUCACAAAGUUUUACAUGGUACGUUAUUCUUCUAAUGUAAAUUUAUGUUCAUUCGUCUGUAUGAGAUUAGCUGUUACAAAAUAUACUAGUGAUAUUCACAGUGAAUAGUUGAUCUUGACUCCCUUGAUCUCACUUAACAUACAAUAAAACACAUUUAUACUGAUGUGUCUCUGUAACGGCUUGGGUCAUUUAAAAUGACAUUAAUAACUCUGAGUCUAAGCUCUACUGUUGUUUAAUUGUAUGUACAACAUGCUGGUUGUUAGUUAGUUCUCACUGCCUAUUCACAAGAUUGACACUAAUAAAUGUUACAAGGAAAUGGAGUACAUUUCUCAGAAAUAA